AUGUUAUCAUCAACAAUGUCCUUUCUAAUUUUUGCAUCUUUGGUGAUGAUAUCUUAUGGUCGAACAGUGCGUAGUUCGGAUCCAAUUAUUCCUUUCAUAUUUUCACCUGUGAAUACCGAUGAUAAUAGUGUCAUGGGCUCAACAAAUGGUCAUAAUCGAUUUAUACACGUUAUUGAACAAAUAAUUAGAUAUGUUUCAUCAAUAAAAUCAAGUGAAACUUUUAUUCAAAAUAUUGUCAAUCGUCAUAAAGAACCAGCUGAGAGAAUGGAAGUUCUUUCAUUUUUAAACAAAUGUUUUGAACUUACCCAUAAGGUUAUUCAACGUGAAAUCGACUAUAUGUUAGGCAUGCCUGGAACACAAAAGAAAUCUUCAUAUCCUCCACCGAUAUUUACAUUAGAAGAAUUAAAACAAGCUCAAAAGAAAGUUGAUGAGCUACUAACUAGUAUACAAAAACAAAUCCAAUCAUUAAAAACUUGGAUUCCACCAACAAUGCCAUUUCUUGGCUUUUUUUAA